AUGGCCCCCCAUAUGCAGGAGCUCACCACCCAGGCCACGCGAAGCGUUUCCGAUGUCGUCAAGCGGAUCCUGAUUCCCUUGACUCCCACAAGCCCGCCGGGUCUUGUUCAGGCGGACACUGUUGAUCCUUGGUCCAAGGCCGGCAAAUAUGCUCUCGGGUGGACAUACUUCGCGGCUGCCCUCUCGGGCUGCAUCUUCGUGGUUCGCAUGUGGCACUUUUGGCAAGACAAGAUUCGCCAGGCCAUUUACAAACAGCAAAUAGAGACACACUACCAGGAGACUUACAAUGUCGACUCCAAUUUCGUCCAGGCCGCCAUUCGCACCGGCAUGGCCCAGGAGUUCUUCCCCGACGGCAACCCUAUGGGUGAAAAGUUCCGCCCCAAGGCUCACUUCUCGUCCAUUGGAUUUAUCAAUGACACAUUAGCCUUGUUUCGAUGGGUUUUCUAUAGAUCUGUUCCGGACAUCGUCAUUGGAAAGCAUCGGUUUACCUUUUCGUCGCUCUCCGUUCUGGCGACGACGUUCAUCGCUUUUGCCUUUGUCACCCUCUACACCUUCCUCCAGCAGCCACUCUACUGGGAGAGCAUUCGAUUUGGAGCGCCGCCCGUGGCCAUCAGGUCCGGCAUGCUUUCCGUGGCAUUGACUCCAUGGAUCAUUGCGACUGGCAUGAAGACAAACAUACUGACCAUGUUGCUUGGCAUUGGACCAGAGCGACUAAACGUCUUUCACCGAUGGCUCAGCUACCUUUGUCUAUUCCUUUCAUUGAUUCACAUGAUCCCAUUCUAUGUUCAACCUGUAUGGGAGGACAAUGGCUUGUCAGUCUGGGGCUCGACUUUUCCCCCUUCAAAGGGCAUAAUUUACGGCACGGGAAUUGCCUGCAUCGUUCCGCUGCUUUGGCUUAACGUGUUCUCUCUCCCUUGGAUUCGGAGAGUUGCCUACGAAGCAUUUGUUGUUCUUCACGUCCCGGUCGGCAUCCUCUACGUUGGUGUGUUGUUCUGGCACACAGCCAACCGGCUCCUCACCUGGGACUACCUCUAUGCCACUUGUGCCAUCUGGGGAGUCUGCAAUCUCUUGCGGGUCUUUAAACUUAACUGGGUAAAGCCUGGACGAAUGUCCUUUAUGGUUGGUGAUGAGGCUGCAAUCACCCUCAUGGCCGAGAACGCCAUCAAGGUCACCAUUCCCACUCAGAUGAGAUGGAAGCCUGGUCAAUACGUCUAUCUUCGAAUGCCUGGCAUCUCAUUCUUCGAUAACCACCCAUUUACUAUUUCAUCCCUCUGCAGCGAGGAUUUGCCUUCCGAAUACGGAGAAAACUAUCGGGAUUGCAUCCUCCUAUUCAAAGCCUAUGGUGGAUUCACGCGCAAGGUUCUAGACACUGCCAUUGAGAAAGGUCCUUUCCAUACGUACCGUGCGUUCUUGGAUGGUCCCUACGGCGGCAUGAGGCGCGAUCUGGCCGCUUUUGACACCUGCAUCCUCAUUGCUGGCGGAAGCGGCAUCACGUCAUUGAUAUCUCAGCUUCUCAAUCUGGUGAAGCGAAUGCGAGAUGGCAAGGCCAUCACUAGAAAGGUCGUCGUCGUCUGGGCUAUGAAGAAAUUUGAAGACAUGGACUGGUUCCGAGAGGAGCUGCGUAUCUGCCGAGAAUCCGCUCCUCCUGAGAGCGUAAGCUGUAAAUUCUUUGUCACUACAGCUGUGCGCAACCGCCAAGGGCAGCAAAUGACUGCUCCCAUAAACGGAUCAAACACCCGGGCCUUGACUCACAAGCUUCACGAUAAACUAGACGGCUUUGUCGCAGGCAUUGCCUCGAAACGAAACUCGGCCUUUAUUCAGGCUGAGGCAAUGGGAGAUCUGGAGCGAGAGCGCGAACUUCGCGAAGAGAAUGAAGAUCGCAUCACGGCACUGCCACAACAAAAAUACCUGCAACCUCAUCAAUAUCCGCCGCCGCCACCUCUCCCUCACCCAUCCUCUAAUGAAUCACCGAUGAGCCAGGGUGCCCUUUCUGAAGAUAAUUUGGGCAAACUUAACGAGAAUGGCUAUCCCGAGGAUAAAAAGCAGCACGAUACGACAUUAGAGGAGCCUGAGCCUGAGCCUCAGCCUCAGCCUAUCGCAGUUCCAGAGCUGGCGCAUUUGUACAACUCUGGCAUUCCUGCCGGCGGCCCUAGCGAUCGUCCGGUAUCGACCUUUGGCCCACCAGCCGGGUUCGAUUUUGGGUUCCCGCAGACACCCACCGAAUUCCAAAAGAACCUUAUGCGAUCCGCGUUCCCCAUGCCCCAUCAAAUAACUGAAGACGGUUGGACUAUCGAGUACGGCCGCCCCGAUCUUGGCUACAUGCUCAAGCAAUGGGCCACGGGUGGGCCCGAGGGCAGAGGUAUCUUGGGCCGAAGGACCGCCGUCUUUGUGUGUGGUCCUCCGGGGAUGAGAGUGGGCGUGGCCAACACAGUGGCGAAGCUUCAGGCGGAGAUUUGGGGCGACGACGAGUUGGAAGAGAUCUUUUUGCAUACGGAGAACUAUGCUCUAUAG